AUGGACGACAUCAGAGAGUCUCAAAAGCUUGUGCGCAUGUAUAGCUUCGACGUAGAGGAGAGGCUGCCGCCGCACAACGACGCUUAUCAACUCGCUUCCGUCCUCGGCCGUGAUAAAAGUGACCCUGACACCCUCGCCGCGCCGUGGCGGAAAUUCUUCGAGCCGUGGGACCAGGGACACCACAACGAAAGCGCGAUAACGCAUGUCAUUAACGUCGAGUCGAAAAAGCUGUGGGACCAGUGGCGCAUCUUCGAGCAGCAAAGCCCGCCCGAGGAGCGCCUGGACCUUAGCCGCGAUGAACCUACUGUACAAGGAAUCGUUAACAUGGUGGAGGAUAUUAGGAGGGCGUGGGCGGCCAAACGGUCGAAAGGGUUCAUGGGCAAGGCGCUGGACCAGUUCCACCGCUUCUGCCACACGCUAAAUUCGCACAGCGCAUUGAUCGCGGUACUGCCGGAAGGGAACGAAUAUGUAUCUCUUUUCACUGGGUCGCUGAACGCGAUUAUCAAGGCCAGUGUCAAUCACGAAAAGAUCGCCGAAGGACUCGCACAAGCGCUGUGGCAGAUUAGCGAGCAUAUUGCAGAAUGCGACAUGAAGCGCGAACUCUUUCCGACGCAGCAGAUGCAAGGCGAGGUUGCGAAGUUCUAUGCCGAGAUCUUCCUCUUACUGUCGGACGUUAUGAGCUGGAUGACACGGAAGCGGCGCGAGCGGCUCCUGGACUCAUUCAAGGAGGAUUUCAAUAAAAGGUUCGAGGAUCAGGUGGAGAAAAUCACGGCCAUCUCAGAGAAGAUGCGUACACUAGCCGCGCUAGGCACAAGCGCUGAGCAGCGCGUCAUGCGCUUAAACAUGGAGAAUAUUGGGUCGGAGAUCCAAGAUAUCCGAACAGGCUUGGAGGGGGAUUCGCGGGAUCGCGCUGAGCAGAUCCAUAGGCUGGAGAGGCUGGAGCGCGAGCUAUCGGAUCUCAAAGCCGCCGUCAGGGACGAAGGCCACAUCUUCAAGCAACUGGCGUCAGAUGUGAAACUUCUUCUUCGGGGUCAGGCACUCCAAUACAUUUCCAGCCAGCCUCCAGAACACCGAUACCUAUUACCUCCCAGCCCGCAGCCUAUCGCGCAAAGCCUCCCUCUCGCAGCACCGCCGCCCAAACCAACCCCAUGGACUCCCGAAACUGUCUCUCUUCACUCCAGUGACCUAGAAGACUUUUUCCACCGCGACCGCGUCCGCCUACACCCAGACGCCGAUAUCGGCCCCAUCACCGCAUCCCCCGAGACAGCCGCACGCCUCUCUAAUUGGCUGACGUGGUCCAAAUCCUCAGUGUUGUGGCUGGUCGGCCCAUACUUAGCCGCCGACGCCUUCGCCAACCCCGUCACGGUCCUCGCGACGCAGCUGGUCCGCCUAGCAGAUGCACGCGGCAUCCCCACACUCUCAUAUUUCUGUGAGCUACGACGUGGCGAGCGCCUGCGGCAGGGUAACGCGAGCCGCGAGGCGCAGGCGGCGGUGGCGCUGGUGUGCGCGCUGAUAAGGCAAGCGGUUGAGCUGCUGCCACCACCACUACCACUACAAAAACCACCAGCCGCGGGCGAUGCGGCAAGCGAAAUGCAAACCGCAGCCAGCAUCGAUGUCGACCUGUCCGAACAGCGGUUUCAGCAGGUGGACGGGACGGUGCUGGCGUGGGACGAGGCGAUGGGAGUGCUGCGGGACGUGCUGGGGCAACUGCCACAGACGGUGGUGUGCGUGGUUGAUGGGAUGCAGUGGUUGGACGAUAGUAGUACUGCGGUGUAUCUGGGGGAACUGGUAAAGGCGCUCCGGCGGCAGGAGAGGGUGAAGGUGUUGUUCACGACGGCGGGGAGGUCGAGGUGUUUGUUGAGAGAGCUGGAUGCGUCGGAGGUGCUUGAGUUCGAGUGUGGGGAUGGAGCGGGUUUAUUGGCUUAG